UUGUGUGACAGCUUGUGAAGCACAGCAGCACGAGCUACGCUUAAAAACGCAGACUCUCUCUCUCCGGACACCGGUUUUCGGCCAUUUUAUCCACUAAAAUAACGGAUUUUUGCACAAUUAUCGCACCGAGUGCGUUGACCCGGACAGUCUGUGACUGCAGUGGGCCAUGGCCUUCCUGGGGAGCACGGUUCGGCGGAUGGUGUCAGCAGUGCGGGCUCCACGCUCUCCCUUGUGCCGGACACCUGCUCGCUCCUGCAGCUCUGAGCCCACCAAAGAAAAAAAUGUCCCCUAUGAGAAGACACUAAAACAGCAGGAUGGAGCCUCCUCAGGACCAACUAAACCUCUACCCAGGUCAGCCGACGUGGUGGUGAUAGGAGGAGGAAGUCUGGGCUGUCAGACCAUCUACCAUUUGGCUAAAAUGGGAAUGACCAAUGCAGUUCUACUGGAGAGAGACAGACUGACUGCUGGUACCACCUGGCACACUGCAGGCCUGCUGUGGCAGCUGCGGCCCAGUGAUGUCGAGGUGGAGCUCUUGGCUCACACCAGAAAUGUGAUCAGUAAAGACCUGGAGGAGGAAACGGGCCUUCACACAGGCUGGAUCCAAAAUGGCGGGCUCUUCAUCGCCUCUAACAAGCAGAGACUGGAUGAGUACAAACGCCUCAUGUCGCUGGGUAAGGUUUACGGUAUCGAGUCCCAUGUGCUGUCACCUGCAGAGACCAAGGACUUGUAUCCUCUGAUGAACGUUGAUGAUCUGUAUGGAACCCUGUAUGUACCUAAAGAUGGCACCAUGGACCCAGCCGGCACCUGCACCACCUUGACCAGAGCUGCAUCUGCCAGGGGAGCCAUGGUGAUCGAGAACUGCCCUGUGACGGGUAUCCAGGUGAGGACAGAUGACCUCGGCAUAAAAAGAGUGAAGGCAGUGGAGACCGCUCAUGGGACCAUUGAGACGCCGUGUGUGGUGAACUGUGCAGGUGUGUGGGCCACCAAGCUGGGUGAUAUGGCUGGAGUCAAGGUGCCUCUGAUUGCGAUGCAUCAUGCGUAUGUGGUGACAGAAAGAAUUGAAGGCAUACAGAAUAUGCCGAAUGUCAGGGACCAUGAUGCCUCUGUUUACCUGCGCCUACAAGGUGACGCUCUGUCUGUAGGAGGUUAUGAACCUAACCCCAUUUUCUGGGAUGAGGUGUCUGAUAAGUUUGCCUUCAGCCUGUUUGAUCUGGACUGGGAUGUUUUCAUGCAGCAUAUCGAAGGUGCAAUCAACAGAGUUCCUAAUCUGGAGCAAACAGGCAUCAAGUCCACCGUCUGUGGACCAGAGUCCUUCACAGCGGACCAUAAGCCCCUGAUGGGAGAAGCACCAGAGGUCAGAGGUUUCUUCCUGGGCUGCGGCUUCAACAGUGCUGGUAUGAUGCUGGGAGGUGGUUGUGGCCGAGAGCUUGCUCACUGGAUCAUUCAUGGCCGUCCUGAGAAAGAUAUGUACGGCUAUGACAUCAGGCGCUUCCACAACUCGCUGACAGCCAACCAACGCUGGAUCAGAGAGAGAAGUCACGAGUCGUAUGCCAAAAAUUACUCAGUGGUUUUCCCUUUUGAUGAGCCGCUGGCUAGCCGAAACAUGAGGAAGGACCCAUUCCACAAGGUGCUGACAGAGCAGGGCUGUGUGUUCCAGGAGAGACACGGCUGGGAAAGACCUGGCUGGUUCAACAAAGACGGGCCUGCUCCUGUAAAAGAAUAUGAUUACUAUGGAGCGUAUGACAUUAAGAGGAAUGUGAACUACAAAUACAACGAGCUGUUGGGAAAAGAGUACACCUUUGACUUCCCUCCACAUCAUGAUGUGAUUAAGAGCGAGUGCCUCUCAUGUAGACACGGUGUGGCUGUGUUUGACAUGUCCUACUUUGGGAAGUUCUAUCUCACCGGACCAGAUGCCAAGAAGGCGGCUGAUUGGCUGUUUACCGCUGAUGUCAACAAGAAGCCAGGCACCACCGUGUAUACCUGCAUGUUGAAUAAGAGAGGAGGGGCGGAGGCUGACCUGACAGUGAGCAGGCUGGAGCCCGGGGCUGCCAUCCUGCCUCUGGCUCCAGAGUCCAAUGGUGAUGCAUACUACCUAGCUAUUGGUGGUGGUGUAGCUGAACACAACUGGAACCACAUCAGAACUGUUCUCACCGACCAGGGCUUCCAGUGCCAACUGACUGACCACUCUGAGGACAUGGGCAUGAUCAGCAUUCAGGGACCCAAGAGUCGGGAGGUUCUUCAGGAGGUGUUGGACACAGACCUGAGCAACGAAGCGUUUCCGUUCUCUACGCACAAAGUCGUCAACGCAGCGGGGCAUCAGGUGCGAGCCAUGCGUCUGUCAUUUGUCGGGGAGCUCGGCUGGGAGCUGCACAUUCCAAAAGACUCAUGCCUUCCUGUCUACAACGCCGUCAUGGCUGCUGGUGCAAAACACGGCAUCAUAAACUCAGGCUACAGGGCCAUUGACUCACUCAGCAUAGAGAAAGGCUACAGACAUUGGCACGCCGACCUUCGCCCUGAUGACACGCCCCUGGAGGCGGGACUAGCCUUUACCUGCAAACUGAAGAGUUCAAUCCCGUUCCAGGGCCGUGAUAGGCUCGAGAAACAAAAGGAGGAGGGUCUAAGGAGACGCAUUGUCUGCUUCACCAUUGACGAGAAAGUGCCAAUGUUUGGUCUGGAGGCCAUUUUCCGAAACGGCAUCCCUGUUGGUCACCUGCGACGUUCUGACUACGGCUUCUUUAUUGACAAAACUAUCGGUUAUGGAUACAUCUGCAACCCUGAUGGAGGAGUGGUGAGCGCUGACUUCAUAAAAAGUGGUGACUUCACCUUGGAGAGGAUGGGUGUGACGUUCAAGGCCAAGGCCCACCUUAAAUCACCAUUCGACCCUGAGAAUAAACGUGUCAAGGGCAUCUACGCUUAACAAGGACCACACAUUUAAAAACUGAUAAUGAGGAAAUGAGCUGUGGUUGGAGAAAUAGAGGUGCUGAUCCAUUUGUCUUAAUUUGACCUCUGUGAAAUGCUGAGUAACUGGAAAGGUUUUGAUUCUAGUCAUUAUAUAUCUAAUUUAACAGCAAUAGAGAGGAUAUGACAAAACUUUGUACUUAUUUUAACUUUGUAUAGGUGAUACAGAAAUCUGAAUGAAAGAAUCAAAGAGGUGCUGAUUUAAAAGUACUAAAACUGACAUUUUUUUUACUAACUGUUUAAAAAUGCUGCUGUGUGAAUUUUACAAAGAAACAAUGAAGAGAAAUUAUCUCCAAAUUUUGUAGACCUUUUAAGGUGCCUAAAGUCCCUGUGGGUGAAAUAAAAAAUGUGUCUUAACACACUAGAUAUGUUGGAAAAGUUUGCCGUAAACAUGAAAACAGUGAGAUCUAUGUGUGACCAAAUUUUGGAUCUAGACCAUUAGGAAGUUUUUUACCUCUUUCCUGGCCUGCUUUGUGCCCAUGUCACGGAUGCUAUACCCCAACCCCCUAACAUUACAACAGGAUAAAAUCACAGAGAAGUUCAUCUCAAUACAGUCUGUUGUUAGCUGAUGUUGCCUUCAUUGAAAGUUAACAGCCAGCUAUAUGCUAUGUUUUUUUUUUAAUUGUGAGGUAAAUUUACCAAAUCUAUCAGCCAUGGUGGCCUACAGGUGAAGCAUCAUAAUGAAGGGAUUUGUGCCAGAAAACAGUAAAUUGAAUCCCAGACUUCUGUCCUUCUGCUCUGGCACAGAGCCAGGCAGCUGCCCUCUGACCAUAGUUCACUAUAAGGUCAGGUGGCAGGAUAAAUGCUUGAGUGCUCGUCUAUUUUUCACUUAAACUAGAUAAAGCAAAAACAAACUUUUUACCUGCUGAAGGUGCGUUUCAAUCCAUAUUUCACUUGCCUUUAGUCCAGGAUGAUUUAAAGAAGCAGGCUGUGAUCAGACAAGUUUGUAUAAUUGGAUAGAUCUGCAUAUUGAACAAAAAAAACCCCUAGAUGUCUACAUUUUCCGCACUAUUUCUAUUCAGUAGCCCGCCGUUUUAGACUGGCAGUGUAACACAUGCAUUUUUGCCACAACACUGAAGAUUUUUAGUUUGUCUGUGCGUGAGUGACACGUUUCAUGGGCUUCCAUCAGAAGAGUAUUGAGGUCUCGCUUCUUUUUUCUGUGCACAGCAAGCAGUUAUUGGCCAGUAAAAUGAUGAAUAGAGAGCCAUAUUUACCUUGUUGUAGCAGAUAUGUACAUCCACAUUGGGAGAAUAUGUUUGAAAUCUGUUUCUUGUCGACCACAAGCUAAAAUGUGUCUGUAUGAUAAAGUUCUUCUAUUUAUGAAGCUUCCUGUUUGCUUCAAACACACUUGGCCCAUAAAUUGAAAGAGACUGUGUGUUUUGUGCAGUCAUGAAAAGUCCAGUCUGAAGUCCAGUUAACAACAGUGAUGCUAAUGCAAGUUUAACUUCCACCUUUUGCCAUGUAAAUAAAAAUGAUAACGUUA